ACAAAGAUGGGUGUUAUUGCUCCGCAAAUGCCUAAACUUUUUCAAUUAACUCGUUCUCUUGGAUUUCCUCAUACAACUGUUGUCUCUUCUUGCCCAAACAGCGACCCAUUUCGAUUUCAAGGCUCUGGAGUUGACUUUAAAGCAAAAUUUAUUGGUGAACGUGACGUAGCCGAAGCUAGAGGUGAUGCAUUAUGUUCUGAAGCAAUGCGUUUGGCAAAAGCUAGUGUCAAGGCUAGCGGUUCUCACAAGACAAGAGUGGUGCUAAAUAUUUCAUUAGAAGGGCUGAAAUUACGUGACGAGAAAUCUGGGGCUGUUCUUUACAACUUUCCUGUUGGCAAAGUUUCAUUUAUUGCUCGUGAUACUACUGACGCACGCGCAUUUGGCUUUAUUUUUGGAACAUCUGAUGGAAAACAUAAAUUUUAUGCUUUAAAAACUGCUCAGACUUCUGAUCAUGCUGUUCUUUCAAUUCGGGAUAUGUUCCAAAUUGUCUUUGAAAUGAAGAAGAAACAAUUUGAGGAGGCCAAGAAAAAGCAGGAAGAACAGGAAAAUUUGACGAAUGCUGAACGUGAAGCUAAUUCUUAUGACAAAAAUGGUGUUUGUUCGACUAAAGAUAGUUCUGGUCAAAAUGAUGUAGCUGUAGCUGAUUUACUUAAUUUGGAGGAAGAAGUUGAUAUAAUUCAUCAAGGAGUUCAACAAAUUAGUAAUAUUCCUGCACAUCCAGAGGAUGAUUUCUUUACUGGAUGGUUGCCGCCGGUUGCAGUUAAUGGAAGUGUUCAUAGUCGACAACAUAAUGGUGGAGGAAAUAUUGGCUUAUUAAAUGAUAAUCCGACAAAAAUUUCGCUUUUUGACUUGUCUUCAUCUUCUAAUGGAAGUUUGCCUAUUCAAAGAUCUGUUCAGAUUAGUGACUUUAAUAGUAAUGGGACAUCAUCUAUUAAUGGGAAUAAUUUAUCUUCAAUUUUUCCAUCAAAUGACAAUUAUCAACCAUUGGAAACUAAUAAUUUAUCGCAACAAAAUAAUCCUCCUAUUUUCUCAAUAAAUCCAUUUCCUGAGGAUCCAUUUUCUUCAGCUACAUCUGCAAAUAUUGCUUCUCUGAAUGGUCAUCAUCAUCACAAUUCUGUCAAUACUUCAACAAUUGAUUACAAUAAUUGUUGGCAAACUUCAUUUCCUUCUACUGGUGUUAUUGCUCCACAAAUGGAUGAUCCUUUUGGCGACUCUUUUACUACGGCUUUUAACGACCAUAAAGCGGCAGUGAUAAAUAAUGGUGGACAAAAUGGUGCUGUUCCGGUGGAUGGUUUAUUUCCUCAGCCGGCCGCUGCAAUGUCUAAUAAGAGAAGCGCAAGGGAAAGCAAUGAGCAAUUCAAAUGGGACGAGCCUGGCCGUGUGCGAACCUUGGAUGAAGCAUUUUCUAAACUAGUCGACAUGAAUAAUUUGAUGCCGGUUUCUGCUGCUUCGCGUGGUGGUUCUGCUAACACAAACCCAUUCAUUAUGUGA